AUGGGUCAAUCUGCUUGUACAACUACUGCAGUACUGCCAUUGUCAAGUCAGCCAGUCAGUUCGCCCCAUUUGGAUUUUGGCACUGUACCUCAGCAGUCCAUCCCCUCAGCUAAACUCAGAGUUGCUCUGCUUGGUGAUGAACGGUUCGAGUACGACAAAACACGGGUCCCAGAGCCGCCGACAAUUCACCUUUCGAAGGAUAUUGAUAGGUUGUGCAAGGAGUGGGAGAGUUCAAACUUGCUUCAUGUGGGUGGUCGUGGAAUUCCUGUGAAAUACUGGGGUGAGUUCUACAAGAGAGCAAAGGGCGCCAAAACAACAGCUUGGGAUGCUCUAAGGGUCGAGUGGGGAAAUUGGAAGUUUAUUGCCGAGGAGCACCAGCGUUAUCCAGAUACUGCCUCCUUCUGGUGUGCAUUCAGCGACGGAAACAGCAAGAAGUUUUCUUAUCAGCAAAUCCUUAACUGCAUCGCAGAGCAGCGGACUGCAGCAGCAGCUCAAGAUGCAAAUAAUGCACGCAUAUUUUUUGGUGGAAAUCUUGACCACUCAUUGGCUCGGGGUGCAUUCCGCUAUGCCAAGGGUAGCAAAACAUAUCUAUUGCGCAAGGAUGACGCCAUUGCAAAGAAAAUGGCGUGA